AUGACCAAAACAUCCGACGCUAAAGCAGAGUCGAACGACUCUUCACACUCGACCACACCGAAUUCUACAUCCACAUAUCAGUACUCUCAUGAACCUUUCGAGACGUUCCGCCACAAAGUGGAAGCUUUGGCUCACGACAUUGGAUGCAAAUCCGUUGCAAACGUUGUCCGUUUACCUGGCGGAAGCUUCAACAGGAUAGUCGCAGUGGACCUGCACAGCCAUGAUUCAGCAUCCACAGUACAACAGGUCGUCUUGCGCAUCCCACGUUUUGCCAAAGACGGAGAUUCACCCAAUGAAGAUAUUCUCAAUCAAUACUCAAUUCUCCAAGCUAUCGUCAACUUUAGCAUACAGGUUCCACGCGUACUCGCUUACGAUUGUACUUCAAACAACGCUCUUGGUAUGCCAUUCUCGGUGCAGACGCGACUUGAAGGCCAAGCACUGCAUCUUGCCUACGAAGAUAUGACGGUCUCUGAGCGACUCAACAUAGCGAGUGAAUUGGUCCGUACUCUGGCAGCAAUGGAGAACAUGAGAUUUCAUAGCCCAGGCCGACUUAGCUGCUCUGGACCUGUGCCCAACCGCCGAAGAAUUGACGAACUAGACGACUCUAGUCCUUCAGAUAUUCUACAGAUUCAAGGCUUUGGCGUUGGUGUCGGAUCUUUCAGAUCGAAGCCGACCGCUCCAAAGCAAACUUCACUGCAAGAGCUUCUGGGCACGCAGUUCGAUGGUUGGUUACAGGUCGAGCUUUCGAAUGAUCCGGAAUCUUGGGUGGCCGACUUGUGGAGGCGCCUGAAGACUAUUCGUGACGAGAUGGAUGAGUUGGGUUUCUUCGAAGACCGAGUCUCUCUCAACUCCAACAUCAUCUACCAUUGGGACCUCGAGCCGCGAAACAUUAUCAUCAAUCGCCAUACCAUUGGUCCCUCUUCAGACGUCUCUGUGCCACAUCACGUACAGAUCACAGGCGUGUUGGACUGGGACGAUGCUCUAAGUGUUCCUCCUGUCCUCGCACGCAAACCUCCAGUCUGGCUCUGGGAUUGGUCCGACGACGAAACACUUCCCUCACCUAUUCGUGAGAACUACGAUGGAGACGUCGACUUACUACCUAUUGAGCUCUACAACGAGACUAGUACUCGUCUUUCAAAGGAAGACUUACAAGUCAAGCAAUACUUCGAAGCAGAGAUAAUAAACAAGCUUUACGGCGACUGCAGUCCUGCGAGCCGAGAAGCUUAUCUUGACGAUGCAUAUGGACGAGGAAGAUGA